AUGAAGGCCACGUUGAUUGAAAUCACCACCCGAGAGAACUUCCUGAGAGCUCAGGCUCAGUGCUCCCGUCAUAUCAGCACCAUUUACUUCCCGUUCUCCAUCCAUACUCAAAUCCAGGAUAGGUAUACGCAAUAAUUUCAGUUCUCCUCAACUAUGCUUGUACUUUAGCUUCCCGGAGAGCCCAGUUCGGCUUUUUGUGUACCCGAACUUGUCGCAUCCGAAAAUGUUCUUCAUGUUCAAGGACAACGAAUACAUCAAGUAACCGAUGACAUGUUCUUACAUUUAAAACAUGUAAAUUAUUUAGACCCACUUUAGCUCUGGCUCAAGUCACCGGCACCAGCAUGAAUCGUCUUGAGUUGAUCGAUCUCAUUCAUGAGUUCAGGUGAGUGAUCCGUUAAACAAAUUUAAUUCAUUCCGGUUGUCCACUGCUCAGAACACGCGUAUUCGGUGCCAAGCGUCAACCUCAUCUUGUCAUUGCCGAGGAACACCUCAUUAAAAUGGUUCGCUCAGUUUUUAUUGGGGGUUGGGGUUGAUGCUCACAGAUUUUGAAGCUAGCCCAGACUUUUUACGCUUCUUAUGACGUAUGAGGGGGAAGCCAUUAAAGUCCAACUUGAUAUAAUGAAUUUUUCAGUACGGAGUAGCCAUGCGACUCUCGUCUUCCAACUGGACCAACACUGAUCUCCGUCUCUCUUUGUAUUACAUGACUGAGUCACAGCGUAAACUUGCCCUCUGCUCCCCAUUGCCUGACAUUCCAAAGGGUUACUAUUACGACGAGGUAUUUAUAAUCAUGAUUCUUUCCAAUAAUAGCGCUUUCUUAGAUUGACCCGGUAGAAGAAGCAGAAAUUGUUAAUAAUACUUGGACACAUGCAGGUGAUGGAGAUCUCGAGCAAACAAUGUGAGUUGAGCGUCAAGACACAAACGCUCUUUGCGCCUAAAGGCUGUGCACUCUCAAACUUGUAACGAUUUCAUUUAUUCAGGGCAAAAUUGGCCAGAUUGCCGUCAUCUUGCAUUAGAUUCAACGGAAAACCAGUUGCAUUCGAAAUGAUCGAUCCAGCGGGUUUUUUCAACAAUCAGUAUGUCUUCGAGGAUCACCGCCGGAAGGGGCUGGGCAACGCGGUUGAGAUGGACUUGAUCCACAAAACAUUGAAGUAAGAUACAUAAAGUCUGAAUCCCAAUGAGUAAUUCAUGAAACUUUUUUGCAGUACGGGAUUCCUACCAUUCAAAACGGUUGCAAAGAAUAACAAAAUUGUCCUGGACGCUUCGAACACUAACAAACUCUGGACAAUGUGGACCGACGAGGGCGGCAGUGCAAAGACCGUCGUGUUUCAGACCUGGACCAGCGAUUAA